CCCAGGCUGGCGUUUGCUCCGGUCGGCUCCGGUACCUACCGAUUUAGGGUGUUGCGGGAGCUGAAGCGCGGGAGCUGGGAGUCCGCGGAGGUUUGCAGCUCGGCGCCGGGACAGUAUGAGUGCGUGCGGCCGGGCCGUCGGCCUGCUCCUGUUGCUGAUCUCAGUGGUGCAAGUAUAUUCACAGUCCUGUGUGUGGUAUGGAGAAUGUGGAAUUGCAUCCGGAGACAAAAGAUACAAUUGUGAAUAUUCUGGACCACCAAAACCAUUGCCAAAGGAUGGAUAUGACUUGGUGCAGGAACUCUGUCCUGGAUUCUUCUUUGACAAUGUUAGUCUUUGUUGUGACGUUCAGCAGCUUCAGGCACUAAAAGAUAACCUGCAGCUGCUUCUGCAGUUCCUGUCCAGAUGUCCAUCUUGCUUUUAUAACGUCGUGAACCUGUUUUGUGAGCUGACAUGUAGCCCUCGACAAAGUGAGUUUCUGAAUGUGACUGAAACUGAAGAUUAUUUUGAUCCUGUUACAAACCAAACGAAGAAGAACGUGGUAGGGCUACAAUACUAUAUUGGAGAGAGUUUUGCCAAUGCCAUGUACAAUGCCUGCCGAGAUGUGGAAGCCCCUUCAAGUAAUGAGAAAGCCCUUGGACUUCUGUGUGGGAAGGAAGCUGACGCCUGCAAUGCCACCAACUGGAUUGAGUACAUGUUCAACAAGGACAACGGGCAGGCUCCUUUCACCAUCACACCCAUCUUUUCAGACCUGCCAGUCUAUGGUAUGGAGCCCAUGAACAAUGACACCAAAGGUUGUGACCAGUCCGUGGAUGAGGUCACGGCACCAUGCAGCUGCCAGGACUGCUCCAUAGUCUGUGGCCCUAAGCCACAGCCCCCACCCACUCCUCCUCCCUGGAGAAUCCUGGGCCUGGACGCCAUGUAUGUCAUUAUGUGGAUAACCUACAUGGCAUUUCUGCUGGUGUUUUUUGGAGCAUUUUUUGCUUUAUGGUGCUACAGAAAACGGUAUUUUGUCUCCGAAUACACCCCUAUUGAUAGCAAUAUAGCAUUCUCCGUGAACGCCAGCGACAGAGGGGAGGCAUCCUGCUGUGAUCCCCUGGGCGCGACCUUCGAGGGCUGGCUGAGGCGCCUCUUCACCCAGUGGGGCUCAUUCUGUGUCCGCAACCCCGGUGUCGUCCUCUUCUUCUCUCUGGCCUUCAUCGGGGCAUGUUCUUCAGGCCUGGUGUUUGUGCGCAUCACCACCAACCCAGUUGACCUCUGGUCUGCCCCCAACAGCCAGGCCCGCCUGGAGAAACAGUACUUCGACACCCAUUUUGGUCCCUUCUUCCGCACGGAGCAGCUCAUCAUUCGAGCCCCCAACACCAGUGCACACAUUUACGAGCCUUAUCCAUCAGGAUCUGAUGUGCCCUUUGGACCACCCCUGGACAUAGAGAUUUUGCACCAGGUUCUUGAGUUACAAACAGCCAUCGAGAACAUUACUGCCUCUUACAAUAAUGAGACAGUGACUCUUCAAGAUAUUUGCCUGGCUCCUCUAUCACCUUAUAAUCAGAACUGUACCAUCCUGAGUGUGUUGAAUUACUUCCAGAACAGUCAUGCCAUUCUGGACCACAAGAUAGGGGAUGAAUUUUUUGUGUAUGCGGACUACCACACUCACUUCCUGUAUUGUAUACGGGCUCCUGCCUCUCUGAAUGACACAAGUCUUCUCCACGAUCCUUGUUUGGGGACAUUCGGCGGACCUGUGUUCCCUUGGCUUGUCUUAGGAGGCUACGAUGAUCAAAACUACAAUAAUGCCACAGCCCUUGUGAUCACUUUUCCUGUCAAUAAUUACUAUAAUGAUACAAAGAAGCUCCAGAGAACACAGGCCUGGGAAAAAGAGUUUAUUAAUUUUGUGAAAAAUUACAAGCAUCCAAACCUGACCAUUUCUUUCACUGCUGAACGGAGCAUUGAAGAUGAACUUGAUCGUGAAAGCAACAGUGAUAUCUACACUGUUGUAAUCAGCUAUGCUGUCAUGUUCCUGUAUAUAUCUAUAGCCCUGGGCCAUAUCAAAAGCUGUAGACGGCUUCUGGUGGAUUCUAAAAUCUCCCUCGGCAUUGCGGGUAUCCUUAUCGUCCUAAGCUCCGUGGCAUGUGCUCUGGGCAUCUUCAGUUUCAUCGGGAUCCCCCUUACCCUCAUUGUGAUUGAAGUAAUCCCCUUUCUGGUGCUGGCUGUUGGGGUGGACAACAUCUUCAUUCUGGUCCAGACCUACCAGAGAGAUGAACGCCUUCAAGGAGAGACCUUGGACCAGCAGCUGGGCAGGGUCCUCGGGGAGGUGGCUCCUAGCAUGUUCCUGUCUUCCUUCUCAGAGACGGUUGCCUUUUUCUUAGGGGCUCUCUCCAUGAUGCCAGCUGUGCACACCUUCUCGCUGUUCGCCGGGAUGGCGGUCUUCAUCGACUUCCUUCUGCAGAUGACCUGCUUUGUGAGUCUUCUGAGCUUGGACAUUAAGCGGCAGGAGAAAAACCGACUGGACAUCCUCUGUUGUGUCGAUAUUGCUGACGAUGACAACACAAGCACCCAGGCCUCAGAGAACUACUUGUUUCAGUUCUUCAAAAAGUACUACUCACCGUUCCUGCUCAAGGACUGGAUGCGGCCAAUUGUGAUCGCAGUAUUUGUGGGCAUUCUGUCAUUCAGCAUCGCUGUCCUGAACAAAGUAGAAAUUGGACUGGAUCAGUCUCUUUCAAUGCCAGAUGACUCCUACGUGGUGGAUUAUUUCAAGUCGCUCAGUCAGUACCUGCACGCAGGCCCUCCCGUCUACUUCGUUCUGCAGGAAGGGCACGACUACACCUCUCUGAAGGGGCAGAACAUGGUGUGCGGGGGCAUGGGCUGCAACAAUGACUCCCUGGUGCAGCAGAUAUUCAAUGCAGCGCAAAUGGACAACUACACUCGCAUAGGCUUUGCACCCUCGUCCUGGAUCGAUGAUUAUUUUGACUGGAUUAAGCCACAGUCAUCUUGCUGCCGGGUCUACAACAGCACGGACCAGUUCUGCAACGCCUCAGUGGUGGACCCUACCUGCCUGCGCUGCAGGCCUCUGACCACAGAAGGCAAACGACGGCCCCUAGGAGAAGACUUUAUGAAGUUCCUGCCUAUGUUCCUUUCUGACAACCCAAACCCCAAGUGUGGCAAAGGGGGCCAUGCGGCUUAUGGUUCAGCAGUGAACAUCCUUGGUAAUGACACAGGUGUGGGAGCCACAUACUUUAUGACAUACCACACUGUUCUCCAGACGUCUGCUGACUUUAUCGAUGCCAUGACAAAGGCCCGCUUCAUCGCUGAUAACAUCACCAAGACCAUGGGCCUGCAAGAAAAGAGUUACCGUGUAUUUCCAUACAGCGUGUUCUAUGUCUUCUACGAGCAGUACCUGACCAUCGUAGACGACACCAUCUUUAACCUCAGCGUGUCCCUAGGCGCCAUCUUUUUGGUGACCGUGGUUCUCCUGGGCUGUGAACUGUGGGCCACAGUGAUCAUGUGUGGCACCAUUGCCAUGAUCCUCAUCAACAUGUUUGGCGUCAUGUGGCUUUGGGGUAUCAGCCUGAAUGCGGUGUCUUUGGUCAAUCUGGUGAUGAGCUGUGGCAUUUCCGUGGAGUUCUGCAGCCACAUCACGAGAGCAUUCACCGUGAGUGCGAAAGGCAGCCGUGUGGCACGGGCGGAAGAGGCUCUGUCCCACAUGGGCAGCUCCGUUUUCAGUGGAAUCACACUAACAAAAUUCGGAGGAAUUGUGGUAUUAGCCUUUGCCAAAUCUCAAAUUUUCCAGAUAUUUUACUUCAGGAUGUAUUUAGCAAUGGUCUUGCUAGGAGCCACUCAUGGACUAAUAUUCCUCCCUGUCUUACUCAGUUAUAUAGGACCAUCAAUAAAUAAAGCCAAAAGUCUGGCCACUCAGGAGCGAUACAAAGGGACAGAGCGAGAACAUCUCCUGAAUUUCUAGCCCUCUGAGGUUUGGGGACGUUGAACCGUGUCUGCAGGUUGGACAGAAAGUAGCUGCACUGUCAAGGUGAAGCUGAACCAACUCUGAAUGUUAGUGGACAGCAGUUUUGGCUGCAGUGCUCUUUAAACUCAGGAAUACAGACUUGACUUGUGAAGCAGUAUUACUAGGUUUGGAAGCAACCCGGAACACUAAAGCGCCUUCCAGUUCUUCAGGACUGAAAUGUGGCACAGAAUGCAGUUGUGAUCUGAUGGCAGGCACCGUUGAAAGGCCAAUCAAUGCAAUGUUUCUCCAUUUUUAGGAGUAAGCCAUCACAAGUUCAAUACCAUAUUUUCAGUAACACUUGAGAACAUUUGUAGAUAAGCUUUAUGAUAACAUUUUAUAGUUUAAAGAGCUUUAUUAAUGCAAUAAAUUAACUUUGUACAUUUUUUAUAUAUCUCUAUAUAAACAAGCGAUUUCAGAAUGUUGUAGGCCUCAUCAGAGCUUGAUCUCCAAAAACCUGUUUGAAAAAAGCAACGUGCUCUUCACAGUGUUCGCCUAUAGAGGAAAGCAAGAGAAUAAAUACUGUAGCUCAUACAA